GAGAUUACACCGACUUCUACUCCUCCCGCCAGCACGCCACAAACCUUGGGAUCAUGUUCAGGGGCAAGGAGAACGCUUUGAUGGACAACUGGCUGCACUUACCUGUCGGUUAUCACGGCCGGGCAUCAUCCGUUGUGGUGUCUGGGACGCCCAUUCGGAGACCUGUGGGGCAAAUGAAACCUCACAAUGAUAAACCUCCAGUGUUUGGUGCUUGUAAGCGUCUGGAUAUCGAGUUAGAAAUGGCAUUCUUUGUGGGUCCUGGAAACAAGUGUGGGGAGCCGAUUCCUAUCAGCAGAGCUCAGGAGCACAUCUUUGGGAUGGUUCUGAUGAAUGACUGGAGCGCCCGUGACAUCCAGAAAUGGGAAUAUGUUCCUCUGGGUCCAUUCCUAGGCAAGAACUUUGGCACAACCAUCUCUCCUUGGGUUGUUACCAUGGAAGCUCUCAUGCCAUUUGUGUUGCCAAACCCUGUCCAGGAUCCCAAGCCACUGCCCUACCUUCAGGAUAAAGAACCCUACACUUUUGACAUCAAGCUCUUUGUUGAUAUUAAAGGAGAAGGAAUGAGCAAGCCAGCUACUAUAUGCAGAUCCAAUUUCAAGCACAUGUACUGGACCAUGAAGCAGCAGCUGGUUCAUCAUUCGAUCAACGGGUGCAACCUCAGACCUGGAGAUCUCCUGGCCUCUGGCACAAUCAGUGGACCCGAGCCGGGGAGCUUUGGCUCCAUGCUGGAGCUGUCCUGGAACGGAACAAAAGAAAUCCCUCUUGGCAGUGGACAGUCUCGUAAAUUCCUGGAGGAUGGAGAUGAAAUCAUUUUGACAGGUUACUGCCAGGGCAACGGCUUCCGUGUGGGAUUCGGCCAGUGCUCAGGGAAAAUCCUUCCAGCCCUGUCAAAUCCAUGAUGACUGGAGCAAGGUGACAU